AUCAUAGCAAGACAAAAAACGCAAGGAGCCGAUGAGAUCACGAAGCAAAAACAAGCAAACCGCUGAAGCGCGGGAAAACGCGAGUGACCGAGUCACGAUUGGUUUUUAGGUUUGAAUCUGAUUGGAUGAGAAAGUGGUGCGUUUUCUGGAUCGGUCACAUCAUGAAUUAAAUCAAAACCAAGGCUCUUUUCAACUCUGAAUUUAAAAUCGAUCUACUCUACUGAGAUUAAAUAGGAGUUUCCUCUUGCGACCAGCAGAGCAAUUUUGAAAACUAUUCGAAACUAUUUGAAGAAUAGGUAUCCGGCAAAAAUAAAAGCUAGUAUUGAUAUCUUUGAGAGUAGCACGUUCAAUUUUUAAUCAAUAUGGACUUCUUUACGAGGCACAUGUCAAAUCAAAGCGGACAGACGACCAUUUUUCUCAUCAUGUCAAAAUAAAAGUUAAUUCGAAUACCACUCGCAGCUGGAGUCACGAAACACCUACUUCAAAUAUGUAAAUGUAACAAUGUUUUUAUCGAAACUGUUGUCAAACUGUUAUAGUUAUGUCUAAUUUUAUUCUCUAAUGAUUGCAAAACAGCUGUAAAAUGUUAUUUAUGAGCACGCAAAGUACGUCUAAGCCCUGAGGUUUAAAGGUUUCCUAAGCAACAAAAGUGACGUAUAUGCAAAUUAUUGGGUUUUCACAAUCGCAAGAUCACCAACAAAACAAACCUGUAGCAUUAUUAAAGUUUGCCGUCAUGGCAUUACUCGCGGAAAAAGCGAAACUACUUUUGAUUCUCUUUAUUUUAUGGUGUGGGUAUCUUGCGCUCGGAAUGCUUGUGUUUACUGCAUUGGAAGGCAAAGACGAGGUCGAGGAAGAGGAGACGAAAUGGAAUCACGGUGAUUCUGUCUGGUUUUCGUUCGUAUUACUGACAACUGUUGGCUAUGGUGAUGUAACACCCAAGACAGGUCUCGGCAAAGGUCUGAGCAUAUUGUACGCCAUUUUUGGCAUCCCUUUGACAAUUCUGCUCUUGCGACUUAUUGGCUUGGAAAUGCUUCACAGCGAGAGGAGACUCAUCAACGCUAUCGAGGGACGUUUUUUGAGAAGAAACCGACCACCCCACCACUUGCACCAUAAGUGUUUCCUGCUCGCCAUCUUGUUCUGGUUGUUGCUGCUUCUUGUGGGAGCUGCUAUUCAGAUGUUGGCCGAAGACUGGAGUUAUGGAGAUAGUCUUUACUUCUACACGAUCACCUUCAUGACGGUGGGUUUUGGAGAUCUGGUACCACUCGCGAGGUAUAUCAGCGUACCUCUUACAAUGCUCGGGCUGGCAGCCGUUUCAAAUAUCCUGCAUGGGGCUGCGUCACUUCCGCUGAUCAGACGUAUUACCGCGGGCUCGCUAAGGGAUGAGGAAAUGGCUGAAGUUGAGGAACAAGAAAUAAGCGUUUAGAAGGACUUAUUUCGUUAAUAAAACCGUAAUGUCUGUUAUUGCAGGUUUAACUCAGAUCGCAUGUAGCAAUCAAGUGGCUAGAUCAAUCAGAGUCAAGUUUAACGGAGUGUGACGACUUGUACAAACUUAUUUUAUUUGUUUGAAAAGUAUCUAUCGAAAAACGUAUGGAACGUAGCUACCAUAAUGUCGUCCUGAAAUGUAAAAUCAGAAGUACUUCAAAGACGGGCGUCUAAGUUGAGAUUUGAAUUUAUCGAUAUAGUAUCAAGAUUUACAAAAGAAAAUUUUACCAUGAAGCUUUUCAAAAUAUCGUCAUUCUAGCGUCGAUUGUUUUUAAAACAACUGUAAUUAAAAAGUUUCUGUAUAAUAGUUCAUCUUUUCUUCUCUCGUAUUACUCAAGAUUUCUUAUGGAAUUUUUGUGAAAUUUUUAUUAUUAAUUAUCUAAUUUAUUCAUCAGAGUUGUUAGUUUAGUUGAUAGAGAGUGGGUAAGGUUUUUUGCAAAGGAAAAUAAUGGUACCGUUGUUUUUCUUGUUUUUUUAAUCGAUCAUUAUUCUUCGUUCUAAACCUUCAUGUUAGAUUUUCAGCGAUAACUAUUAUUACUUCUGUGUUGUUAACAGAAACAAAAUAUCAAUAACCUUGUGAUCAAAUCACCUCUCUGUAGAAAUAUCAUGGAAAACGCUGAAUAGAUGUAAAAUUUAUACAUAAAAUUAUACAUAGAUUGACGUA